CAGCUCUUGGACAGCCACCUCUCCAUCUAUUGCGAUACCACCCAAGCACCAUGCCGACCCUUUUCCCGAAUACCACCCCAGAAAACCCACUCGGUCUGGACGACCCAACGCUCUUCAUCCAGGCCAGUAUCAUCAACGGGGAGCACAUUACCCGCGCCGCCACCUUCGUCGUAGAUGACCCGGCCACGGGGAACAGUAUCGGCACCUGCCCGGACAUGGGGGUUGACGAUGUGCGCACCGCCAUCGACACGGCACACUCUGCGUUCCAGUCCUUCCGAGCCACGCCCCCACUGCAGCGCCAAGCAUAUCUCACCAAGCUCCACUCCCUCAUCCUCAACAACGCCGACGACCUCGCCCGUCUCAUCGUGUGGGAGAACGGCAAGGCAUGGCCCGAUGCAGUCACCGAGGUGGCAUAUGCCGCGUCCUACGUCCAAUGGUUCGCAGGCGAGGCGGUGCGCCAGAACGGCGAGGUGAUUGCAGCCACCGCAAACCGCAGCUUUGUCAUCAAGCAGCCCAUUGGCGUCUGCGCCCUCCUCGUUCCAUGGAAUUUUCCCAUUGGGAUGAUCGCGCGGAAAGUGGCCCCCGCGUUGGCAACUGGCUGCACGGCCGUUGUCAAGGUCCCGUCCGAGACGCCGUACACAAACCUCGCGUUUGUUGAGCUGGUGCACCGAGCAGGGGUUCCCGGCGGAGUGGUGAACGUUGUCACUACGCACAAGCACCUCGUCGACGUGGGGAAGGAGCUCACGACCAACACCAAGAUCGCCAAGGUAUCCUUCACUGGAUCUACGCGCGUCGGCAAGAUCCUCGCUGGCCAGGCUUCGACGACGCUGAAGAAACUUUCUCUCGAGCUGGGAGGAAACGCCCCCCUCAUCGUCUUUGAGGACGCCGACAUCCCCACCGCGGUGAUGGGCACGCUGGCGUCCAAGUUCCGCGGGUCAGGCCAGACUUGCGUGUGUGCAAACAGGAUCUACGUGCAUGAGAGUGUGUAUGAGGCCUUUGCGACCGCCUUGGCGGAGAAAGUGAAGCUGUUCCGAGCGGGCCCUGGGUUCGCGGACGGCGUGACUCAUGGCCCGUUGAUUCACAAGGCGGCCGCCGACAAGGUGGUGCAACACAUCGACGAUGCCGUGGCGCGUGGGGCGCGGGUCAUGGCGGGUGGACGGAAGAUCAGCGCCACACUCCUCGAGCCGACGCUACUUGUCGAUGUGGCGCCAGACUGUUUGCUCACCACCGAGGAGACAUUUGGCCCGCUGGCGGCCUUGAUUCGCUUCUCCACUGAGGACGAGGUCCUGCGGCUCGCCAACGCGAGCGAGGUCGGGCUGGCGGGAUACUUCUUCUCCAACGAUGCUGACCGCAUCUGGCGGGUGGCCGAAGUUCUCCAGGUCGGUAUGGUGGGAGCCAACACUGGCGUGAUAUCCAGUGCGCUCGUGCCGUUUGGAGGGGUCAAGGAGAGUGGGUACGGCAAGGAGGGCGGGAGGGAGGGGACAGACGAGUACCUCGUCAAGAAGCUCGUCGUUAUGGGUUCUAGGGUCUAG